AUGGUGUCCUUCCGCUCCCUCAUCGCUCCCUCGACCGGUCUCUUCCGCCAGUUUCUCCGCAAGCCUCUGGCCGGUGGUUUCCUUGCACGGUCAUUCUCGCAAUUAACGACCCUGUCUCUUACCAAUGGUCUUCGGGCUUUGCGCUCCGGAAAGCAGCAGGCUGGCAAUGUUAGCGUCGCGUCGACGGUGAAACAGUUGGAUCAGGUUCGGGGAAUGAAGACCCGCUCGUCGGUGAAGCGGCUGUGCGAUGGUUGCAAGCCCGUUCGGAGAAAGAACAGAGUCUAUAUCAUCUGCUCGAAAAACCCUAAGCACAAGCAGCGUCAAGGAAAAUAA